CCCGUCGAAGUAACACCUCCGCUCGCGCUCUCCGUGGACCGAGGAUGGCGACUUUCGUGGAGCAAGUAGGGUCGUUUUUCUAUAUCAUUAACCCAAACACCACGACCUUCGAGCAUGUGGAGGAAGUUCCGAAUUAUGUCAAUGACGCUGUUCCGGUGUUCAUGGCCUUCCUGGUGCUGGAAUUCCUCGUAGGAUUAGCCACAGGCAGGAAGACCGCGAGGUUUAAUGACGGAAUCACCUCCCUUGGCCACGGCAUCGUCUACGAAACGUGCAAGUGGGUUAAAAUGUUUCUAUUUUCGUGUGGGUUAAAAUGUUUUUGUUUUUAUUUUCAUAGACGUUUUUCCACCGCAACCCACUUAAAACCCACCCACCUCACUCCUCCCCUCCCUCUCUACCCCCCUCGACCAGAAAUCGAUUUCAUCUGGGCGGCCCACCAAGUCCAUCACUCGUCCGAAGACUACAACUUCAACACAGCGAUACGCCAGUCGAUGUUCCAAAGGCUCUUCGCGCUAGGAUUCCACCAGCCCCUCGCUCUCCUCGGGGUGCCCCUGCCUGCAAUCGUCGUGCACAUGCAUUUCAACCUCCUCUUCCAGUUUUGGAUCCACACCGAGCUGGUGGACGACUGCGGGCCUCUGGAGUGGGUUUUCAAUACCCCUUCGCAUCAUAGGGUCCAUCACGGUGCCAACAAGUGGUGUCUUGACAAGAACUACGCCGGCGUCCUCAUCAUCUGGGACCGAAUCUUUGGAACGUUUGAGAAGGAGAGAAAAGACGAGAAAAUAGUCUACGGCCUCGUGGACCAACCGCAGUCUUUUAAUGUGAUGUGGCUUCAGUCGGCGAGGUCCUGACGAAGGCGCGGAGCAUGAGCAGCUGGAGCGACUCCCUGAGGGCGGUGUUCUACGGGCCCGGCGGGGUCCCCGGGGCGCCUCGCCUGGGGGACCCCGACGGCUUCCCGGACGUCAGGGCCCCCCGGGGGAAGUACGACCCCCAGAUGCCCCUGCUGGAUAAGGCGUACGUGGGCGCGCACUUCCUCGUGGCCCUGGUCAUCCAGCAGGCGUUGACGGUGAAGCUGGCGACCUUCAACUGGCUGACGGUCCUGCUAUUCGUCGCUUUCCUGCUCGUCUCCGUCGGCAUCAUCGGCGCCAUGUACGACGGGUGGUGGUGGGCGCCCCUGCUGGAGGCCGCCCGCUGCGCCGCCUACGUCGCCUACGCCCGCAGCACGCCCGUGACGGAGUUCCCUCUCGUGGACGCCGCCCUUCUGCUCUACUUCGCGGCCUCAACUCUCAUGUGGGCGUCCCGGAGCCUCGCGCUACUGAGGGCCGGGAUCAAGACGGCGAAGCUGCAGUAGAUGGCGGAGGCAGGAGGAGGCGCCGCGGGC